GUGAUGCCGUUAGUGUGAAAUACUGUGCAUGGGAUUCUCGUGUGUCCUGAGGCGAGUUUUUGUGUAGUGAACCGGUCUGGUAAAAAUGACUAAAGAUAGGUUAGCAGCGCUUAAAGCAGCGCAGAGUGAUGAUGAUGAUGUUCCAGAUGAAGUGGCUGUCAAUGUCGAAGGACGUGAUGGUUUCAUGGAUGAAUUUUUUGCCGAGGUUGAAGAGAUACGGGAGAUGAUAGAUCGCAUUCAAUCUAAUGUGGAAGAGGUGAAAAAGAAACACAGUGCUAUACUGAGUGCCCCACAAACUGAUGAAAAGGUGAAGCAGGAGCUGGAGGACCUGAUGGCUGAUAUCAAGAGAGCCGCUAAUAAAGUCCGUGCCAAACUGAAAGUGAUUGAACAAAACAUAGAGCAAGAGGAGCACACCAACAAGUCCUCAGCAGACCUAAGGAUAAGAAAAACUCAGCAUUCAACACUUUCAAGAAAGUUUGUCGAGGUGAUGACCGAAUAUAAUCGGACCCAGACUGAUUAUAGGGAGCGGUGUAAGGGCAGGAUACAAAGGCAGUUGGAGAUUACGGGCAGAACUACAACUAAUGAAGAACUUGAAGAAAUGUUGGAACAAGGGAACCCAGCUGUUUUCACUCAAGGAAUCAUAAUGGAAACCCAACAAGCCAAGCAAACCCUAGCAGAUAUUGAAGCAAGGCAUGCUGAUAUCAUAAAGUUAGAAAAUUCUAUUCGAGAACUCCAUGAUAUGUUUAUGGACAUGGCUAUGCUUGUUGAGAGCCAGGGUGAACUCAUCGAUACUAUACAAUACAACGUAGAAAAUUCAGUUGAUGCAGUUUUAGAAGGGAAAGGAGAGCUGAUAUUGGCUGAAGAUUACCAGAAAAAAGCCCGGCAGAAAAAAAUUUACAUCAUCAUCUGCCUGAUAGUAUUUUUAUUGAUAUUAACCAUUUUGCUUUUUGUGUUUAUAUUAUGAACACAAGAAGAUAUUAAGCCUGUAGAGUAAAAAAUCGCAAAGCUCCGUAUAUGUUUAUAUGUCGAUUAUAUACUCACAAAGUUGGAAGCGAAAUAGCAAGUGAUCGAUUGAGACCAAUUUGAUGACUAUAUGAGGAAGUAAUAUCACAACUUAUCUAACAAAAAAUAAAUUAUUUGCUACAAUCUUUUAGAAUUGUAUCGUACCAAUAGGGUUUAGAAAAAAGUAUUGCUAUUUACCCUUUCAAGAUUUGGCAGAGACAAUAAAAUAGUGUUUUAAGGUCUUCAAAGAACAUAUCUUUGUUCUAUGGUUAUCUAUUUAUAAUUUAAGUAAUUUAGGUUAUGAGAGUAUAAGUAUCCACAAAUAUUUCUCUACUGAAAGUAUUGUCAAUUGCAGAACUGUUAUAGUAAGGAAUACCUGUAAGGUUAAAUUAUUUCCAUUUGAUAAAAAUUGCAGCACUAUGUAUAUAUAUGUGUGUAUAUAUAUAUGUGUGUAAGCAUUUUUAUGAAGUUCUAUGGUAUUUAUAAAUAUUAAUAAAAUUAAAAUAUGGUCGUUCAGAAGUCCAUAAUUUCUUGGAAUCUUUAUUAUUAGAAAAAGUGCAUAGUCUAUAUAAAUUACAUCUCCCCUUAAAUUAGCAUCAAAUAGAUUUUUUCUUCUUUUUUUUUUAAAUUACUGUUGUUUCUACCUUAAAAUAUGUUGGAUUAAGAAGGUGCUCGGCAGCAUUAAAUACCAAAGUUACUGCCAUUAUUAUAAAAAGAUAUAUAUUGAUAUUUUGUAUAAUAUUGUCAAAGUUUGCCCUGUGUAUAACUUAUAUUAUGUAAAUUAUAUGGAUGUAUAUACAAACUUUAUUAUUAUCAUAUAGUGAGCUCUUAGGCAUGCACUGAUAGAUUUUUAGUUUUAAGGUAUCAUUAAUAAACACAUUGUUCUAAGAGCUUGCUUUGUAUAAACUUUUAGUUUUAGACUUUUUUAAGAUGUAUUUAUUAAAGUCCAAGUCCAUUUAAUAAAGAUCUUUAUAAAUAUAUGUAUUUAUUCAGUAAACAACUAUUGUUAUUGAUAUUGUUAAAUUAGUUUAAAUAUUUUACAGUAUUUUGUUGUUUCCCAUUAAUAUUGUAAUUUAAAAGAAGAAAAUAAUUGAUUAAAUGUUUGUCACAUAUUGUGACCUCGUUGGAGAUAUCGAACAAAGCAUUAUUGUAUUAAUACAUAACACUUUUUUUUGGAUGGUUACCAAAUAGUAUCUGCUCUUUUAGUUAAUUAUUUUCAAUAAAUCAAUUAAUGCUACUGGUAACCUUUUAAAGCUUUAAAGGAGAAGUAACUGUGGAUAAAAUAUUAAUUCAAGUAUAGUAACUUUGAAACCAUGAGCAAAUAGUGCAACAGUGGUUUCUCUGAGCCUAGUCACUAACUAUGAUUUCAUGGAACUGUUCUCAUUCCACUUUUAAUGCACUUAAUUUGUACAGGGUGCCUUGAGAUUCAAUUGCUUAAAAUAAACAUUUUUUAAGAAAAAAUACAUUGUUAAGUAUUUUAUAUUCAUGAAAUAGUUUACAAAUCCUUGUCUCUCUUAAUUUGUUACAAAAUUAAUAAAAUUAGCUUCUAUAUUAUUUUUAUUUUUGAGGAAUAUUC